AUGGAGGGGCCGCAGCUCCUGGUUCUGCUCUGGACUUUGCUGACCCUCUGCCUCACUGCUGGGACCCCUGAGGUGUGGAUGCAAAUUCAGAUGCAGGCCACUCAGGUCCAGCCCGUCACUGUCCGCUGUGGAUUCCUGGGAUCAGGCUCCAUUUCCCUGGUGACUGUGAGCUGGGGGGGGCCUGAGGAUGCUGGAGGGACCAAGCUGGCUGUGCUGCAUCCCGACUUCGGCGCCCACCAGUGGCCCCCAGUGCUCCAGGCCCACUGGGAAACGGGGACCAGUGUCUCCCUCACCGUAGGAGGCUCAGAGGGGAGGAACCUCAGUGCCAACAGCACCUUUUGCUGCAAAUUUGUGUCCUUCCCCGAGGGCUCCCAGGAGGCCUGUGGGAACCUUGUCCUCAGCACAGCCCAAGAACUCCCUGCCCCUACGCCAGCCCCCAUUGUGAAGGCAGACCUGGCUGGGAUCUUUGGGGUCACAGGGGUCCUCUUUUUUGGCUGUAUCUUCCUUCUACGCCUGCUUCAGCAGAAGCGUCGGUCUGUCCGUAGGCACUGGUCACCCAGUACCAGCCCCCAGACACAAGUGCCAGCUCAGGCUGCUGGCCAGGCCUCUGGGACCUCCCUCCACAGCCCCGACACCAGCAUGAACACCAACCGCUCCAGCGAAGCCACUCUGGAGAGGGCCCACUCCCACCAGCCGCUCUCCUGCAGUUUCAUCUCUGUGGAGAAUGACCUCUAUGCUCAGGCAGGAGGAGAGCCACCUCACUUGGGUCCUCUUCUUGACCACCCGGAGCCCAAGCCAUGGAGGGGCGCCUAG